AGUGUGUGUGUGUGUGUGUGCCCGUGUACCGUGCGUGCGUUUUGCGGAUUUAACAAAAACAAAAUAUUUUAUUGGACGGAUUUAACAAAAAAAGGCCGAAAAUGGAUGCUGGAGCUCAGGAAAAGGUCGCUCGGCGUGCGGCCCUUCGCAACGAAUACUGGCGAACGAUGACGAAUCCGCACAACCAUCUGCGCGGUGAAUCCGGCGGUGUGUUCGACACUGGCCUAGCGCGUUUCCAGGCGAUGCGGGUGAGCCAUUUCGAACACUUCAAGCCCACCGGAAGGUCCUUCAAGAUCGGUUUGUUUACCGUCGUGAUUCCGAUCUUCGUCUAUGCCAAGCUGAUGAAGCACGAGCGCGACCAGCGAGAGCACCAGUAUCGCACCGGUCAGGUGGCCUACGCUGAUCGUCGCUUCAAGUUCAUCUAAACCGGUGAUCCAGUGCGACGGACUUGUGUAGAAUAACGGAAAGCUGUGGUGGCAGGGCAAGGCAGACUAGCUCGAAGCGCAAUAAAUGGAAAAUGUACGAAACCAACGACCGGCGAUCCCCGGCAUCCUUUCCAAGCUAA